AAGUCGGAAGGACGAAACGUCAGGGCGCAAUCUCGCGAUACUUUGAUACACGUAUGCCUGACGCUGUGGUUCAGCUGCGCUCCAACUAGGAGAGUGAUUGGCUGUGCUAGCGGUAAACGCUUGCAUUCACGAGGUAUCUAUCACCCUCUGUGAGCCGCUGACCGGCUGAAAGGCAUUACACUUUGUAUCUGUUACUGCUCUGUGGAGCUUUUUUUUUGUUGCUGUUUGUAUGCAUGAUUUUUAACAGCAUGUUAAAAUAAAAGUUUUUAAAUGGUAUCACACCAUAUCGAGCUUUUUUUAUGUGCCCUGACACCGGAUGGUCAUUAGGAGUACUGCAUGCUGCUGGAAUAUCAUCUCCAUGAGGAAGAGGGAAUUCAAUGACAUUACUGUUCAAAGCCUGUUUUAACAUCAAUCUGGAGCUCAGUAUUGGUUUAUAUAACCAUCUCUUACAACCAAAGGGGAGUUCGGAGGCCCUUCAAGAUGUCCACUUCUUAUGCUGUGACAUUGACCCGGAUCUGAUCAGCAGAGCCAAGACUGGAAACCCCUUCCCCGAUACCAUCACAUUCUCUUCUCUGGAUAUCAUGGACACCUCAUCACUGGACAUCUUCCAAAAAUUCCUGGAAAAGUUUGGCCAAGCCAGGUUUGACGUUGGAUUUUGUAUGUCAAUAACCAUGUGGAUCCAUCUAAAUCAUGGUGACCACGGACUGGUAGACUUCCUUAAGAAGCUAACAACUUAUAUUGCCCUGUGUGACUAUCUGCUAGUAGAGCCUCAGCCAUGGAAGUGUUAUAGGUCAGCGGCCCGGCGUCUCCGCAAGCUCGGGAGACAAGACUUUGAUCACUUCCACACACUGGCCAUCCGUGGAGAUAUGACAGAAGAAAUCAUUAACAUCCUGACCAGACACUGCAAUAGUCGGCUUGUUCAUCGUUUUGGUAAUACAAGUUGGGAUCGAAGUCUUUUAUUGUUUAAAAACAAAUCAACAAAAUUACCCAGCUAGGUUUUUAUGCAUUUUUUGUUUUAUUUUUUUUAUUUUUU